UUGCGACCGCAAAUCGUUGCUUUUUUUGCGGUGCACCAGAGUGCAAAUAGCAAGAGCAUGGCGACGUCAGUCGGUGGGCCCGACUCUGUGCCAGAAACACAUGCUCAGUUUUGGGUCCGCCCGUCCGCCUGCAAGUCCGUCUAGCUGUCCGCUGGCUUUUGGUUUGGUAGUCGGACUGGUACUGGUCCGGGUGCUAGUGCGAGUAUCGAGCCCAGAGCUUCGUGGCUCCGCAACCAGUUUGCUGGCACCGAUCGUCCUUUGCACGUCGUGCACGUCGGGUCUGUUGCGUCUUGCGCGCGUCCGCGUUCCGUGCUCGAACUCGCAAUCUCAACCCCAACAGAACUGGAGCGGAAUCAGGUCCAAAAUUAUGUGCGAUAGUUUUUUUUAGUUUGUUAGUGCAAAGUCCGAAAAUAUCUCUAGAAUGCGCGUACCUACAGGCAACCAAAUCGAAACGCGAGUGCAAUGCUAAGCGAAGUUGUUUGAGGACACAGUUUGUACGGUUUUAAGAUAACAAAUACGAAAUAAAUACAUUUUACCGGCUCCACACUCUCACUCUCGGUCUCAUCCGACUGCUCCGCUUCGCUCUGUUCCGAUCCGAUCCGAUCCCAUAUCACAUACGAUCGUACUGCCCGUAUGAUCUCUUGGUCCGCUCCGAGUGCUUCUUCUCUCACACCGCUUGCAUAACCAAGAGCAGAAAGCAAACAGCGCGGAGGCAGAUUGCUGAUGCAGAUACAGAUACUAGUGCGUCUAGUAGUGGACCUGCAGCUACUUUAGUGAGUUCAUGCAAUUGGCAUUGUCUCCCGUUGGUGCUUACUGAAUACUGAAAAGUGAAACAUAAAGUUUUAUAUUUCCUAAUAAUCUCUAGACAAAGAUAAACUCAAUAUUAAUCAAAUCAAGAUUUAGUCGCAGCUUGAAUAUUUAAAACUUCAAAUAAACAAGAAUUCAACUAAAAUAAACAUUUAAAUGUUAAUCUAUUAAAAAGAGCCAAGUGAUUAAUCUAGAAACACCACUUAAUCGAACCUAGAAAAUGCUACUAAAACUAGCUUAAAGCACUUAAAAGUAAACUUGGACUCUCGAACAUUUAUCUAGGAUAUCAGAAAUCGCAGACAUGGUUUCGGAGGAGAACUGGAAUAGUGACACGAUGUCCGACUCGGACAUGAUCGACUCAAAGAACGACGUGUGUGGUGGAGCCUCAAGCUCUAGUGGCAGUUCCAUUUCACCCAGGACUCCGCCUAACUGCGCCCGCUGCCGCAAUCAUGGCCUGAAGAUCACCCUGAAGGGACACAAACGCUAUUGCAAGUUCCGAUACUGCACAUGUGAGAAGUGCCGUCUGACAGCGGACCGACAAAGGGUGAUGGCCUUGCAAACGGCCUUGAGGCGAGCCCAAGCACAGGAUGAGCAGCGGGCACUGCAUAUGCACGAGGUGCCGCCCUCUGGUUCGGCUGCCACAACUCUGCUGGGCCACCAUCAUCAUGCAGCUGCUCCUGCCCAUGUCCACGCCCAUCAUGUGCAUGCUCAUCAUGCCCACGGACACCAUUCGCAUCACGGUCACGUCCUGCACCAUCAACAGGCAGCAGCGGCAGCAGCAGCCGCAGCAGCAGCUCCGUCGGCUCCACCCUCCCAUCUUGGUGGCUCCACUGCAGCUUCCGCAAGUCUUCAUGGCCAUGCCCACGCUCACCACGUUCACAUGGCAGCCGCUGCAGCCGCCUCGGUGGCUCAACACCAGCACCAGAGUCACCCACACUCGCACCACCACCACCAGCACCACCAUCAACAUCCGCAUCAACAGCCACCCCCACAGCAGACCACGCUGCGAUCUCCGCCGCACAGCGAGAAUGGCGGAAGUGUUGGUCCGGCCAGUAGCAGCUCGGGCGGUGGAGCAGCCAGUUCCAGCAAUGCGACAGCGGCAACCUCGAGCAGCGGAUCUAGCAAUGGUGGCGGAGGUGGUGGAGGCGGAGGCGCCAGCUCGGGAAAUGGAGCCGGAGGGGGCAGGUCUUCUGGCACCUCGGUGAUCACAAGCGCCGACCAUCACAUGACCACGGUGCCAACGCCCGCCCAGUCCUUGGAGGGAUCCUGCGACUCGUCCUCGCCCUCGCCAUCGUCCACUUCCGGCGCCGCCAUUUUGCCGAUCUCAGUUUCCGUCAAUCGCAAGAAUGGCGCCAAUGUGCCCUUGGGCCAAGACGUUUUCCUAGACUAUUGCCAAAAGCUAUUAGAGAAAUUCCGCUAUCCUUGGGAGCUGAUGCCACUCAUGUAUGUGAUAUUGAAGGAUGCAGACGCCAAUAUUGAAGAGGCUUCACGGCGUAUCGAAGAGGCUCGCGUGGAAAUAAACCGCACUGUAGCGCAGAUCUAUUACAACUACUACACACCGAUGGCCCUGGUUAACGGAGGGCCAAUGUACCUGACCUACCCGAGCAUCGAGCAGGGUCGCUAUGGGGCGCAUUUCACCCACCUGCCUCUCACCCAGAUUUGUCCGCCGACUCCGGAGCCGCUGGCCCUCAGUCGCUCGCCGUGUAGUCCAACCGGACCAUCGGCAGCUCAUAACCAAAAGCCUUCUCGUCCGGGCAGCAGCAAUGGCACAGUGAACUCCGCCGCCUCGCCCACAAUGGUCACCACAAUGGCCACCACCUCGUCCACGCCCACGCCGACUCUCAGCCGGCGACAGCGAUCACGAUCACCGACGCCCACUACGCCGCCCCCGCCACCACCGGCUCACAGCAGCAGCAAUGGAGCUUACCACCACGGUCACCACCUGGUCAGCUCCACGGCUGCCACGUAGCAAUAUCGCAAUGUUGCUGCCGCCGUGGCAGCAGCAGCAGCGGCAGCUGUCCUCUUUGUCGAUAAUUAAGUAAUAUCAGCACCAUUAGAAUGGAUGACUCUAACUUAACCAGCGCGGAACGGAAAAUCCCAGCUUAUGCAAAACGUUAUUUAAUAUCUAACCAGGCUUUGACAUAAUUCCAACAAAUUGUGAAAAUCAUAAAACACACCUAGAUUAUGAAAAUGUAAUCCCCCGUAAACCUUUUCAAAUUGAUCUCAAAAACUAAAAAAAUAAACACACAUAAUUCUUAAAAAUGGUGAACUUUAAGCAUAAACAAUGAUGAAUAUGUUAGUAGUAGCUCUUGUAUUGUAUAUAACACACACUUAUUUUUUUAAUGUUUAUAAGCAAGAAUAUAUCCAAGAAUCUAAUAUCGAUCAGCACAAAGUUAAAACAUCUUUAAACCUACCAUAGGCACAAUUUUAAAAUAACAAGUUCUAGUCCU